CAGCGUACAGUCUCAAAUGAAUCAGAUGGAACUUUCAAUGGCUUCUCUACUGCUGAUCUGACCAAUUAAUGAUCUUAGAGUUAUGCUUUGUGAUUGGACAGCUCAUUCAAUAAAUGACACAGACAAUCUGCGGUCACCGACAUAUAUGGACUCUCUUGUCGAUGUAGGCUCGGGUCUUCAGCGUCUGUUGCAACCAACUUGUACUUCAUCAUUCUUCACCACAUACCCUAACACCCCAGAUUAUUUGUUGAACAACCCAUCAGGAAGAGUACCGAAAUUUUCCAUUUCGCCGUCGUCUUGCCAGUCAUAAUUGUCAAAUUUCUAUGCCAAGUUUCAGUGAUCAUGACGAGAAUGGAUGUGGCGAUGGACUACCCCGACACCCAGGGGUUCAACGACAGCGAGCUGGAAUCACUCUCCUCAAUCUACUAUUACAUCUACAACGAUACCACGGUGUCGUCAAAAUGGAAUGAGAUGAUGACAGUACUUUACAUCACUCUUCCUAUUCUUCUAGCAGUUAUUGGUAUUAUUGGAAACUCCACCGUCAUGUACAUCAUAUUCAAAAACAGAGACAUGCAAACUGUGACCAACUAUUUCCUGGCAAAUUUGGCAGCUACAGAUGUGGCCAUGUUGACAUUAUGUGCCAUACCUUCAGCCAUUGCUAUAAUCAUAGAGAUACCUCUUAGUGUCUGCAAAGGAAUCAAUUAUAUUAUGUUUGUUACUGUUCAAGCAACGUGCCUCACACUAACAGCAAUGACGAUUGAUCGUUACAACCUGAUUGUCCACGCUGUCAAAUCAAGGAAAACAAGAACCAUCAGAAAAACCGUCAUCACAAAUAUUUUCAUCUGGGCAGGGUCUUUUCUUCUCCAAGCUCCUGUUGCAACGUCCUCUACCAUAACAGAGUAUGGGGAAUGCAUCACUAGCUUUGCUACAAGGAGCGGGUCUAAUGCUUUCCAUAUUUUCAACACGCUGAGUAUGUAUAUGCUGCCUUUGACUAUCAUCCUUGUUUGCUAUGUCAAUAUAUUGGUCCAAGUAUGGCGAAAAGCCACCCAAGGUACGGAGAGUGCUCAAGCCCAAGAACGCUCCAUCCGUCGCAAGAGAAAGAUAACUCGAAUGGUUUUCAUCAUUGUCCUUCUAUUUGCCAUAUGUUGGUUACCCACGCACGUAAUCCGUUUGUGGAAAGAAUUUGACUCUGGUUUCCAUAUAAAAGCCAAUAAUGCUUACUUCGAUUUUGCUAACCUUAUCGCCUUCUGUCUCGUCUAUGCCAACUCCUGCGUAAACCCAUUCGUGUACGCCUUCAAGACAACCAGUUUCAAGAAGCACUUCAAGAAAUUGUUUGCGUCUUGCUGUCAUUCAGCCCAAAGUGCUAUGGGAUCUGUUAGUACCUUUAAGCUGUCUAAGUUUACCCGGGAUGAUGAGUCUAUCUAGCACAAGAACGGAAUUCCACUCUUCAAACACAAUUCUUAAAGUCCAAAACACUUUUGAAAGUGGAUUUAGAUAUUCUUAUCAUGCAGUUAGUAACUGUAUACAUGUUAUAACUGAAAAUUUAACAACUGCAAACAUUAGUUUCUUGCAAACGAGGUUGUGCAAUUCGUGUGCGAGCACAAGAAAACAUAUUUUGUAUUUGAAAUGUUCACGAUGAACAAGCAUGUACAUCGGGACAUCUGACACAACAAUGCCUUAAUUUUGUCAAUUUGAAGAUUCUAUAUUUUGUGUGUAUAUUUUAUUUUGUCAAACUGUAAACCUAUUCCUCUCUAUUUCGCACUCAUGCUCUAUACAUUUACUGUUAUCUCGUAUGCAAAGCUUUAUUGCUCUGUAUGUUGUAUAUCGUCUGAUUAAAAAAAAAUCUACAAGAGUUAUCUACACAUGUAUACAAAUCUACACAUGUAUACAACAGUCAUUUUGUCACACGUAAUCAUCCAAAGUUCCUUCAUUCAGUCUAUAUCUUUCACGUGCAUGUUGGUUCAAAAUAAAACUAUGAGAAACUUAAUAAUCAAUAUGUGGAUGGAAUGUAAUAAAAGCCUUUUAGCAACAAAAUAAGUUUAUUAAUGAUUACUUAUUUUGUAACCACAAUUUCUUACUUUUUUAGUUGUUAAUUUCGGUGGAUGUAAACUGAUUCGAUGAUUGCAAGGGGACAUCUCGAAUUGUGCCUCUGAAUAACAGAGCGUAAAUCGGCGUAAGCCGGUUUUCAAUUUCUCUACCUAAUGAACUUUGAUUAUCUCUGUGAACAUGAAUUCACGCUCAUGGUCACGAUAGCGGAUGAUUCUAGAUGUUCUAGAUGCUCCUAUAUAAGCACGUUAAGAGCUGACGAAGGAUACUUAUGACUGGCAUAAUCUCUGUCCAUCGAGACCUCUCGCAUUGUCUCGUGUCCGCCAUUGUUAUAUAGUAAGGCUUCACCCAUUCAUGACAUUAGCAUUAAGGAAAACAUAUACAAAAGUCGACAAUACACAUAUACAUUUAUUUAACACCCUCUUUCAGUAAAGGGCUAUUUUUCCAGCGGGUUUUCCCCCCUUUUUUGUCUCUCUGUUCAAAAUGAUGAAAUAAUUACGGACGAAACGGGUAUUAAAGAAGAGUACUAAAUAAAUUGAUGGUGAUUCAAAUUUGGCCAUAUUGGCCGCUUGUAGGCUGAGAGAGAUGGAAACGUAUUGGUGGACUAGGCUUAUUUUUUCUCUCUCUCUCUUCAAAUAUUUAUCCGUCCAGGGUACUUGAGGUAUGGUUUUAUUUGUUCAUCGUAAUUGACUUUCAUGAGAAUAUGACACACCAACUAAAGCUGUUCAACUAUUAAAAAUUGAAAUACGAUAAAAAUUGUCGGGACAUUCUUCGU